UCUCUUUGGGCGUUGGACUAGAACCGGAACUCUUUGGAGGACGGACCACAGAGGUUGUCUGAAGGCCGAGGCCAAGAUGGCGGCGCUGGCGGCUCCCGGCCUGCUCUCUGUACGGAUCCUGGGUCUGCGCACAGGCACAGUGGUCCAGCUGCGCAGAGUCCAUCAGAGUGUGGCCACUGAGGGCUCAAGCCCGAGCCCAAGCCCGAGCAGCACACAGUCUGCCGUGUCCAAGGCCGGAGCUGGAGCCGUGGUCCCCAAGCUCUCCCAUCUUCCCCAAAGCCGGGCCGAGUACGUGGUGACAAAGCUGGAUGACCUCAUCAACUGGGCACGCCGGAGCUCCCUGUGGCCUAUGACCUUUGGCUUGGCAUGCUGUGCCGUGGAGAUGAUGCACAUGGCUGCGCCGCGCUAUGACAUGGACCGCUUUGGUGUGGUGUUUCGUGCCAGUCCACGCCAGGCUGAUGUGAUGAUUGUAGCUGGCACGCUUACCAACAAGAUGGCCCCCGCGCUCCGCAAGGUGUACGACCAGAUGCCUGAGCCCCGCUAUGUGGUGUCCAUGGGGAGCUGUGCCAAUGGCGGUGGCUACUACCACUACUCCUACUCGGUUGUUCGUGGCUGUGACCGCAUUGUGCCAGUGGACAUCUAUGUGCCAGGCUGCCCGCCCACGGCCGAAGCGCUCCUCUACGGCAUCUUGCAGCUGCAACGGAAGAUCAAGCGUGAACAGAAGCUGAAGAUCUGGUACCGCAGGUAGAGCUGCCAGGCUGAGCACGAUAAUCCCAGAAUCCCUUGUGAAUAAACCCAUCCUGAUCCA